GUAGCUAUAUGCUCGGGUUCGCAAAUUAAAUGCAAAGUCACAAGUCAAAGAAUAAUGAUUCUUUGCGCGUUCAGAGUUUAAGGUUAACAAAUAAAACACAAUGGCAAAUCUCUGGUUUUGUAUACUUCUUUCCUCCAUACUUUUGAAAGGAACACAUUCAGAGAUGGGUGCUUUGAUUUGUUACAAUUCUACUCUUGAAGGUACCAGGCUUAAAUAUUCAGUUAUAAAAAGUAAGUUCGUUCAGGGCGAGAUGAUUGAUUGCCUUAUGGAAUGUGUCACUGAGCCAUGUUGCAGAUCAAUCAACUACAAAAACAAUUGGAUGUUUGAAAACGAAACAAAUUGCGAAAUGUUGCACAAUAUGGUCUACACUGCAUCAAAGAAAAUGCUGGAGAAAAACUCCUCGUAUGAUCAUGCAUAUCUCAUUAAUCCAGCAAAGGUGUUUAAUAAAAGUUGUAUGCCAGAAAUUGACGAGUGUGCGCUGGGAACUCACAAAUGUCACUCGAACGCAAUCUGCAAUAACACUAUUGGCUCCUACGAAUGUCACUGUCGCAGAGGUUUUGCAGGAAAUGGGAAAAUAUGUUCAGUUCAUGAACUUGAUUCUCACAUAUUGUCAGCCGAGUCCCCAGAGUUUACAAGACUAUUGGGAGAAUGGUUGCCAGAGACAGGGAAUUGGAGCGUCUGCUGGCGGAUAACUAGAGACGGGAAUAAAAGCGCGACUUUUCAACAGAAAUGCAAAUCUAAAGUUCCAACACUGACAGUUGUAAAAGUUCUUAAAGAUAAUAAGUCUUUUAUAUUUGGUGGAUAUGCAGCAGCUAGCUGGACGGGAAAUAUGGGUGGUGUUAAUGCUCCAGGUUCAUUUUUGUUUUCAUUUCGAAACAACGGCGACCUUCCCCCGUUUAAGUCACAUUGCAAAGAGGCCAAAUGCAAAGAUGCAGUACUUCGUAACCCAGAAUCUGGUCCUAAAUUUGGGACUGGUCCAGAUUUUUCGAUUUCCGACGGAUCACUUUUCCAACCAAAAGGUGGUGAAGGGAAUGCCGCAAUUUUUGGUGUCAGCUAUAAGCCACCGUCUGGAUACGCAGACAACACAAGAGAAACACAAUCGCUGCUUACAGGAAGCUACAUUUAUUUUACUCCGUCAGAAGUUGAGGUAUUAUAUUUGAACUAA